AUUCACAAAUCCAGCGCAACCCCAACACUACAGGAUUGAACGCCAAAAUGAGCGCCGAGUCGGAACCGAAACCGCUGCCAGAGUUUGAUAUUGUAGCGACGUACCGCCGAAUCCUCGAAGAUGAUCCCGAGCUUACCAUGCCCGUUGCUGCCAUCGAGGCACUUGUCGAAGCUAUCGCGCAGAGCUCUGUCUCUACCGUCGCAGAGACCCUAGACCUCCUCGAACGUCACACGGCAGCCCUGAAGGCCUCGAUAGCCAAUCCUAUUUCCCUCUCUGCCGGGACAGAUCUAUUCCAGCGCUACCUCAUCACCACGCUCAACCGUCCCGCGAGCUUGAACCUAGGACCCGACGACGAUUUCCGAGCGAUACGUAACCAUUUGCUUUCCAAUGGCAAGCUCUUUGUUGAGCGGGCAAAGCAAAGUAGGGAGAAGAUUGCCAGCUUCGGCAAGCACUUCAUCCGCGACGGGGCUACCGUGCUCACAAACGGCGGUUCAAGAGUAGUGGGUGCGCUACUGAGAAGGGCAGCAGAGUCGAGCACGAUCCGUUUCAGGGUCAUUUACGUGCUCCCAUCGUCGAUUUCAUCCGAUUCAACGGAAGGUGAACAGACCGUCGCCGAUCUUCGCGAGCACAACGUACCGGUAGCUACCAUUCCAGAUUCGGCAGUCGCAUACUCCUUGGGCAAGGUCGAUAUGGUGAUCGUCGGGGCAGAAGGCGUUGUAGAGAAUGGCGGUAUCAUCUCCCGCAUGGGAACCUACCAAAUGGGUGUGCUAGCCAAGAGCAAGGGGAAGCCAUUGUACGUCGUCGCAGAGAGUCAUAAGUUCGUCAGACUGUAUCCGCUGAGCCAGUUCGACCUACCCAUCGAGCAGAAGGUUCUCGACUUCAAAGUCACAGAAGAACCUACGCUCAAGGAGGAUAAGAGCAAGGAUGGAGAACAGAGAAAUGUUUUCGACGAGGCCAUUGCCGAUAUGACCUCGAAGCAGGGCUCUGGUACCGGGCUCAAUGCUCACGAUGCAGUGGACUUCACGCCCCCCGAUCUAAUCUCGGGCAUCAUCACCGAGUCAGGCGUCCUCACACCUUCUGCCGUGUCAGAAGAGCUGAUUAAGAUCUGGUUCUGAGCCCUCCCUCAGCACACCUACCUUGACCGCUCCAAACAUGCUUAUAUACCCACACGGAAGCCAUUAAUCGCCUGCGAUUCGUGCUCACAUGAGUGCUAGGCCCCUCGAAGGAGGACUCCCCUUUCUGCACGCGUUACGCUCCCGCCGCAACAAGCGUAGCACAUCUGAGGAGAAAAGCCACGAGUGACAUGGGAAUGCACUGGGGCAAGUAUACGUCGACCUAAACGAGAAUGAGGUCGAGUAAAGGCGGUUGUCGAGAAUGGAGCGGUAUACGUAAGACCGCAACACGAAAGCGAAUGCGUGAUGGCUGGCGGAGAAUCACAGAGCCGCAACAUAUGAAACCUAGUAGAUCUAUUCAAUGGUCAAAUGUUCGGUAUUCAAGGAAGGAGUACUUUCCUGUAACAUAUAGCUGAAUGUGAAGCAUGUCAAAGAUGUCAAAGGUAUUGACUGCAGUAGCAACCACUAACACACGUUUUCAGCAAUAGCU